AUGACCACCCGCUACGCCCAAGCCCAUCUCCCCACGUCGCUCGACGGCCCUGGCGACGCGCGGCCGACGGCUCUACAAAUCAUCCAAGACAACGGACUUGCGGGGGCGCUUCGCGACAAAGUGAUGCUCGUGACGGGCACGUCGUCCGGACUCGGGGUCGAAACGGUGCGGGCGCUCGCGGCGACCGGGGCCAAGAUCUACGCGACGGCGCGCAAUCUGGACAAAGGGCGGGCGGCGCUGGCCGAUAUCCUAGAACCCGGCCGCCUCGAGCUGCUGCAGCUGGACACGGCGUCGAUGGCCAGCGUGCGCGCGUGCGCGCGGGACUUCCUGGCGCGCGAAUCCCGCCUGAACGUGCUGGUUGCCAACGCGGGGAUCAUGGCCUUGCCGGAGCGCCAGCUGACGGCGGACGGCCACGAGGCCCAGUUCCAGACGAACCAUCUGGGCCACUUCCUCUUGUUCCAGCUGCUGAAGCCGACGCUGCUGGCGUCCGCGGCGGCCUCGCCGGACUUUCCGUCGCGCAUCGUCUGCGUCUCCAGCAUCGGCCACCGCCAGUCGCCGAUCGUGUGGGACGACCUCACGUUGUCGCGACCGGGUGCUUACGCCCCCUUCACCGCCUACGGCCAGUCCAAGACCGCCAACAUCUACAUGGCCAACGAGAUCGAGCGCCGCUACGGCCAUCGUGGCUUGCACGCCUGGUCGCUGCAUCCCGGCGGCAUCGAGACCUCGUUGCAGGUCCACGUCGACUUCUCGCAGCUGAUGGCCCUGCCCGAGGUCCGGCGCGUCAUGAAGUCCCGCGACCAGGGCGCCGCCACCACCGUGCUGGCCGCCGUCGACAAGGAACUACACGGCAAAGGAGGCAAGUUUCUCGACGACUGUGCCGUGUCGCCGCCCGCCGACCCCGAAGAGGCUUCCCGCCUGGACGCCCCGGGAUACGCCGAAUGGGCUUAUGACGAGGAUGCCGCGAAGAAAUUGUGGACCGUGAGCUCCGCCAUUGUUGGCGUGGAUGAGGACUGA